ACGUAACCCAGCAUUAGACGCACUGAGCGGAAAGAAAUCAUAACUGUAACUUCUGAACCUUCUGACCGUCUCUGCUGUAGCCGAUCACACAAGCCAACAGUUCUUCAGGAUUCACAUUGCACACUGAGCUGUUCUAACAGUCUAUGGUUUGUCCUGUCCCCCCGCUGCUGCCUUUCAGUUGAUGUAACGUUACCGAUCCCGGGUUUGUGUUUAUAUCUCCAGCCUGGAGGGACAGAGCAGAAGUAACGAGAGGAAGAACACGGAUUCACGGACUGAAACUGUGAAGAGAUGGGGGCUGUUCUGGGGGCAUUAUCCUUCGCAAGCUGGGUGCCGUGCCUGUGCAGCAGUGCAACCUGUCUGAUGUGCAGCUGCUGUCCGGGCACCAGGAAUUCCACGGUGACCAGGAUCAUCUACGCCUUCAUCUUGCUGAUGGGGACCAUCGUCGCCUGCAUCAUGCUUUCGCCGGGUGUGGAUCAGCAGCUAAAAAGGAUUCCAGGUUUCUGUGAAGACGGGGCUGGCUCCUCUAUCCCUGGUCUGCAAGCUGAUGUCAAUUGUGAAAUGUUUGUGGGCUACAAAGCAGUGUACCGCAUCUGCUUUGGCAUGAGUAUGUGGUUCCUGGGUUUUGCCAUUCUUAUGAUUAACAUCAAGAACAGCAGAGACCCCCGUGCUGCCAUCCACAAUGGAUUUUGGUUUUUCAAGUUUGCUGCCUUGGUGGCAGUUACAGUUGGUGCCUUUUACAUUCCAGAUGGGCCAUUUACCUACACUUGGUUUGUCGUGGGCUCUGGCGGAGCUUUCUGUUUCAUUCUGAUCCAGUUGGUGCUGUUGGUGGACUUUGCCCACUCCUGGAACGAGUCCUGGGUAGACAAGAUGGAGACCGGCAACUCCAGGGGCUGGUAUGCAGCUUUACUGGUGGUCACUAUCCUCAACUACAUCCUGUCAUUUAUUGCUGUCGUGCUGUGCUUCCUCUUCUACACCAAGCCUGAUGGAUGCUCUAUCAACAAGUUCUUCAUCAGCUUCAACAUGUUGUUCUGCAUCGUGGCCUCUGUUGUCUCUGUGCUGCAUAAAGUACAGGAGUCUCAGACACGUUCAGGUCUUCUUCAGUCCUCCGUCAUCACCCUGUACACCAUGUACCUGACCUGGUCUGCCAUGAGCAAUGAGCCUGACAAAGAAUGUAACCCGAGCCUACUGAGUAUCUUUCAGCAGAUCGCAGCCCCCACACUGGCCCCGCUGGAGGUGGAGAACCAGACAGCUGUGGUGAUCAUCGGCCCAGAGGAACCUGCCUUGACAGACCCGUACCUGCAGUGGUGGGACGCCCAGAGCAUCGUGGGGCUCGCUAUAUUUGUUCUGUGCAUCCUCUACUCAAGUAUUCGUUCGUCCAGCACCAGCCAGGUGAACAAGCUGACCAUGGCUUCCAAAGACUCAGCCAUCCUGGCGGAGGGCGGCAGCAGCCUGGACCUGUCAGAAGAGUCCACAGGACCCAGGCGGGUGGAGGACAAUGAGCGGGACAUGGUCCAAUACAGCUACUCCUUCUUCCACUUCAUGCUCUUCCUGGCCUCACUCUACAUAAUGAUGACCCUCACCAACUGGUACAGCCCUGAUGCAGACUACACCAUAACCAGCAAGUGGCCAGCAGUGUGGGUGAAGAUCAGCUCCAGCUGGGUGUGUUUGGCCCUGUACACCUGGACCCUGGUGGCCCCCAUGAUCCUCACCAACCGGGACUUCAGCUGAUCAGCAACUCCGUCUCUUGCUCCACUCGGUCCUCUACAAACCUCUUUUUUACAGAAACUCUGACCAUAUUGCCUACGUCUUACUUUCACAAUUUAUACUUUUAAAUGGAGCGUAGUUUUGUUAUUUAAUAAAGUUAACAAUUGGUCGGAUUCAGAGGUGCCAUAACAGCUGCUUCAGGUAUUAACUGCAGUGAUUUCAUAGAUGCGAGGACAAUUACACAUGUUCCACUGAAGCACAAGAACACACUUGAAGAAAAACAAUCCAUUUGUUUGUGCAAAUUUAUGUCCACAAUAGGGCUGUAAAUAGGGCAGGGAAAUAUGCGAUAAUGCUGUUGAAAUCACGAUAAUGAUACAGAUAUUAAAGUGCACUCCGUUAUGCUUUUCUGCUGCUUUCAGUAUUCUGCU